CCCAGUGUGGUGAAGGGGGAGGGUACUGGGGAGGGAAAAGAACGAGACUCGGGCGGAGCUAACCCGUGUGCAAAGCAGAACAUGGAGGAACGCGGGUCCCCCGACGGGGACCCCGCGCGGAACCUGGAGCAGGGGCCAGAGGGGCCAGAAACGCCCAUCCAGGUGGUGCUCAGGGUGCGUCCCAUGAGCGCGGCGGAGCUGCGUCGAGGGGAGCAGAGCGUGCUGCACUGCUCAGGGACCCGGACUCUGCAGGUGAGGACCUCCUCCGAACUCCCCAAAAAACACCUACCGGGAAGACGCCAGGUCCCUCCAGGCCAAUUUCCCCCAGGUCCCGCACUCCCCCAGGUAAGCCCCGCCCUCCCCGGAGUGCCCCGCCCCCUUCUCCACGGCCCCCUCUCCCAGGUGAGCCCCCCGGGCGGGGGCCCCGACGUGGCGUUCCGCUUCGGCGCAGUGCUGGACGGGGCGCGCACGCAAGAGGACGUGUUCCGGGCCUGCGGCGUGCGGCGCCUGGGCGACCUGGCGGUGCGCGGCUUCUCCUGCACCGUCCUCACCUUCGGCCAGACCGGCUCCGGGAAGACCUACACCCUGACCGGACCUCCUCCCCAGGGGGAGGGCGUGCCCGUACCCCCCAGCCUGGCCGGCAUCAUGCAGAGGACCUUCGCCUGGCUGUUCGACCGCGUGCAGCACCUCGGUGCCCCUGUCACUCUCCAUGCCUCCUAUCUGGAGAUCUACAAUGAGCAGGUUCGAGACUUGCUGAGCCUAGGGGCUCCCCGGCCCCUCCCUGUUCGCUGGAACAAGACCCGGGGCUUCUAUGUGGAGCAGCUGCGGGUGGUGGAGUUUGGGAGUCUGGGGGCCCUGAUGGAACUUCUGCAGAUGGGUCUUAGCCGUCGAAGGAGCUCAGCUCACACCAUGAACCAGGCCUCCAGCCGAAGCCAUGCCCUGCUCACACUAUACAUCAGCCACCAAACUCAGAUGCCUCCUGUGGAUCCCGGGGAACCCCCUGCCGGGGGGAAGCUGUGCUUUGUAGACCUGGCUGGCAGUGAGAAGGUGGCGGCCACAGGAUCCCGUGGGGAGCUGAUGCUUGAGGCCAACAGCAUCAACCGCAGCCUGCUGGCCCUGGGUCACUGCAUCUCCCUGCUGCUGGACCCACAGCGGAAGCAGAGCCACAUACCCUUCCGGGACAGCAAGCUCACCAAGCUGCUGGCGGACUCGCUGGGGGGGCGUGGGGUGACCCUCAUGGUGGCCUGCGUGUCCCCCUCAGCCCAGUGCCUUCCCGAGACCCUCAGCACCCUGCGAUAUGCAAGCCGAGCUCAGCGGAUCACCACUCGGCCCCAGGCCCCCAAGUCCCCUGUGGCAAAGCCACCCCAGCAUUUGGAGACUGAGCUAUUGCAGCUCCAGGAGGAGAACCAUCGCCUGCGGUCCCAACUGGGCCAAAUGGACCCCAAAGCCUCUGGACUCAUUGGGGCCCGGGUGGCCUGGGCUCAGCGGAACCUCUAUGGGAUGCUGCAGGAGUUCAUGCUGGAGAACGAGAGGCUCAGGAAAGAAAAGAGGCAGCUGCAGAGCAGCCGGGACCUGGCCCAAGAUGAGCAGCGCAUCCUGGCCCAGCAGGUCCACGAGCUGGAGAGGCGCCUCCUCUCUGCCUGCUACCUUCACCAGCCGGGCCCUGGCCCAGCCCCACCGUGUCCCUGUGCGAUGGUGCCACCUCCCCCCUGCCACGCCCUGCCGCCUCUCUGCCCCUGCCCCUGCUGCCACCUCUGCCCCCUGUGCCGAGCGCCACUGGCCCACUGGGCCUACCCACAGAGGGAGCUCCACCUGCCCCAGGUGUUUGGCUCUAAGGCCCCAGCUGACAUGCCCCUGCCUGCCCGUCCCCCGCCCUGGGUGCCCCCAUGUAGCCCUGGCUCUGCCAAGUGUUCAAGAGAGAGGAGUCACAGCGACUGGAUUCAGACCCAGGUCCUGGCAGAAAUGCUGACCAAGGAGGAAGUGGUACCCUCUGCACCUCCCCUGCCCAUGGGGCCCCUGAACACAUCGCCAGUGCUUAGAGGUGGGGCUGCAGUUCCAAACUUGGCCCGGAGACUGGAGGCCCUCAGAGACCAAAUCGGCAGCUCCCUUCGAUGUGGCCGGAGCCAGCCACACCCCAGCGAAGGCACAUGAAGCCCCAGCCGGGUCCUCCCUUCCUGCUGAGGGCAAAGUGCGAACCCAGGAGACCACCAUGUGACCUAGGGCUGGUCUCUGCACUCCUGGGCCUCAGUCUCCCCAUCUGUUAAAUGGGAUAUAGCAGCUGCUGCUCCGGUUUGCAGCUGGGCUGGGCAGAAGGCAGUUCCUGAGGCAUGGGGGUGGGGGCUGAUGGGGCAGUCUGGGGAAGCAAAGGGAGGAUGCUAGCCUAGACCAGGAGAAAUGGGACCAGAUUCAGGAGAAACCAGGUAGCAGUGGUGAAAUAAAUGAAUAAAGAGAGGCAUCAGCUCCAA